AAGGAAUAAAAAAAUUAAGAAGAAGAAGCUCUUGUGUUGUACUCUUGCUGCAUCUUGAGUCUUUAAAGAAGUAAACCAACAACACACCACAUCCCCAUUCAAACAAUUCUCUUUCUCUCUUCCCCACUCAACACUCCUUAUAAUCGAUUACAACUAAAGAAAAAAAAGGGGUUUUUCAAUUUGAAUCCUUUCCAUUCCCACACCAACCAACCAAGAAACCAUAAGGCACAUUGUUAUUAUGAAGAAAUUGAAGAACUACUACAUGCACCUGCGGCACCACCACCACCACCACCACGCCGCGGCGGAGCGCAAGUGGGUGUUCCCACUCGCCAUUGGCUCCCUCCUCUCCCUCUUCCUCCUCUUCCUCGCCACCCUCACCUCCCCGGAGGGAACCCCCAUCCUCCCCUUCUACCGCUCCAUCACCGCCGCCUCCUACUCCGUCUUCGUCGAAUCCAAGCUCCGCCCCCUCCCCGUCGUCUCCUCCCUCCCCCCUCCGCCGCGCCUCGCCUACCUCGUCUCCGGCUCAAAGGGCGACGGCGCCGCCGUCACCCGCGUCCUCUUGGCCCUCUACCACCCCAACAACCGCUACGUGGUCCACCUGGACCUCGAAUCCUCGCCGGAGGAACGCUCCGAUCUGGUGAGGUUCGUGGAGGGCCACGCGCUGUUCAAGCGGUUCGGGAAUGUGAGGGUUAUAAAGAAGGCGAAUCUCGUCACGUACAGGGGACCCACCAUGGUCGCAAACACGCUUCACGCCGCCGCGAUUCUGUUGAGGGAGCUUGGGGAUUGGGACUGGUUCAUCAAUCUCAGCGCCUCCGAUUACCCACUUGUCACACAAGAUGAUCUGCUGCAUACGUUUUCGUACCUGCCGCGGGAUCUGAAUUUCAUUGAUCAUACGAGUGACAUUGGAUGGAAAGAUCAUCAGCGUGCGAGGCCGAUCAUCGUUGAUCCGGGUUUGUAUAUGAAUAAGAAGCAAGAUGUGUUUUGGAUUACACAGAGGAGGAGUAGGCCAACGGCUUUCAAGCUUUUCACAGGUUCGGCUUGGAUGGCACUGUCAAAAUCUUUCAUUGAUUACUGCAUAUGGGGAUGGGACAACCUACCUCGAACCGUACUCAUGUACUAUUCAAAUUUCAUAUCUUCCCCUGAAGGAUACUUCCACACAGUUAUUUGCAAUGCACAAGAGUUCAGGAACACAACUGUGAACAGUGAUUUACAUUUCAUUUCUUGGGACAAUCCUCCCAAGCAGCAUCCUCACUACCUUACAGUUGAUGACAUGAAAGGGAUGGUUGGCAGCAAUGCUCCGUUUGCAAGGAAAUUCCACAGAGAAGAUCCAGUUUUGGAUAAAAUUGAUGCUGAACUAUUAUCCAGAGGUCCUGGAAUGACUGUUCCCGGAGGUUGGUGCAUAGGGAAAAGGGAGAAUGGCACCGAUCCCUGCUCUGAAGUCGGUGAUACUAACGUUCUGAGGCCUGGCCCAGGUUCCAAGAGACUUGAAACAUUAAUCAACUCAUUGUUGUCGAAUGAAAAGUUCCGGCCAAGACAGUGCAUGUGAGGUGAAAAACAAGAAUCAACUGGCUAAGGCCAAAGACAGUUCUGGAGGAUUAUUUUCCACUGGCUUUAGUUUACAUGUGCACAUUUAGUUAGCAUGAUCAGUAAAUUAGUUUUUCUUUUCAGUAGGAGAAGAAAUAGUGAAAGCAUACACACUCUUCAAUAUUGAGAAGAAAAAAGUGUGAGACAAUUCCGGUGAAAUGUUGAUGACUAGAGAGUUGGAUCACACACUGUAAUAGUAUGGUAUAUAUGUCAGUUGACUCUGUUGUCCCUGGUCACCUCUUCCUCCCUUUGACCAAUCUCAGCAAAAUCAGUGACCAGCAUUGAAGGUUCCCUAGCUUAUCACAAGGGAUAAAGAGGAUGACAUGGUAGGAGAGGGGGAACAAAAGAACAGAAACUGUGUGAAAUGAAAAUGGUAAUACUUUUUCUUAUGUAUUUUUUCUUUCUUUCUUUCUUUCUUUCUCAUAUUUGGUUUUCCAAUUGAUGUUUGUUAUACGGCUAACUUUUCCUUUAUCCUUCACUCAAUGCAUCUCUACGUAUGCUUUGGUACUGAACGCAUUGAUGUCAACUAUUAAUUUUCUA